UUGCUAACAAGGGGGUGUUUGGGAUUUGAUUAUAGAGAGAGAAAAGUGCUUUUUUUUAAUUUAUUUCAGUCUGAUUUUAGAACUUUUUAGAUUCAUCAACCACGGGAAAGCGGUACCUUUGCUACUACUUCGAGUAUCCAUUCUCGUCCUCCUUUCGCACACAGUAAUCGUAAACCUAAUACCCGUGAAUUGUGUUUUCUCAUAAACCCUUUUGGGGGUUUUCUCGACCUUCAAUUUUUACGUUUUUGUAGACGAAUUUGAUACCUGUAAACCACAAUUGGGGCUGCAGAAGAAACUUGAUUCUCUAAACAACCGGAAGAUGUGGAGUUAUAGUCGUCAAAGAAACCGCUUUGCUUCUGGUAAAUCGGACAGCAGAAGGAAGAAUACGACUGGUGGUUCUAGAAUGGAGUGGAAACCAAAGGCAAAGGUUGCAACUGAUGGAUCUUUGGGUAGUGCUUCUUCUUCUCAAAGGGAUAAUUCUCAAAGUUUUAAUUCUGAACCAGCUUCAGAUGUUAAUUCACCGCAAGAGUCUUUGUUGCCUCUUAUCAAAGAUUUGGCAUCUGGUAUGGAAAAUCUUAAUCAGAUGCAUGCAAGUAAUGACUCUAAACAUCUGGCAUCUGUGUUAACCUCUGAUUAUAGCUCAAAAGAAUCUCUUACGCUUUCUUGUCAGUCAGAAUCGAGUCAUAUGCAUCCAAUUAGAGAAAAAACUCAUUCUUGUCCAUCGAAAGGUCGAACUGGGAGAGGAUCAGAAAUGUAUGCCACACCCAUUAAGCCAUCUUCUGUUGUUUGCUUCCCAAUGGAGGACAGAAUUCCUGAGAACGGAAAGCAGAUUGUCGUUAAAUUUGAGGAAAAAGCUGAUAAUAGUGGAAAACCAGAGGAUACUGACUGUGCUUCCCCUAUAAUGCGAUUCGACAUCUGUCCAAGGAGUUCCGUUAUAAAGAUAAAACCUCCUUUACAUGUGAUAAACAAAGAAAAACGGAACCAACUUAAACGGUCUGUUGAAGGACAAAACUUCAAGAUUUUGAGGCCCGGGAUGGUACUCAUGAAGGGCUAUAUUUCUUGCGAUGAACAGAUCGGAAUAGUAAAAACUUGCAGGGAGCUUGGUCUCGGUGAUGGAGGUUUCUACCAACCUGGUUAUCGUGAUGGAUCAAAAGUACAUUUGAAGAUGAUGUGUUUGGGUAAGAAUUGGGAUCCUCAGACGAGUGAAUACAGUGAUACAAGACCAAUUGAUAAUUCUAAACCUCCGGAUAUUCCUGAUAAAUUUCGUGAUAUGGUGAAAAAAGCAAUACGAGAUUCGAAUGAUCAUAUUCAGAAAAGCAAUUCUAAAGCAGAUGCAGGAACUAUCAUUCCCCCCAUGUCACCAGAUAUCUGCCUUGUCAAUUUUUAUGCGAAUAACGGCAAGCUUGGUCUUCAUAAGGACAAAGAUGAAAGCUCGGAGAGUAUUGAUCAAGGAUUACCCGUUGUCUCAUUCUCGAUAGGUGACUCUGCAGACUUCUUAUUUGGGAAUGUCGGGGAUAUUGACGAAGCAACAAGAGUUAUUUUAGAAUCUGGGGAUGUUUUGAUAUUUGGUGGGAAAUCAAGAAGUAUAUUUCAUGGUGUCGCGUCUAUUCGUCCUGAUACUGCUCCCUUGUCACUACUAGAAGCAACAAAUAUGAGGCCGGGUCGGUUGAAUCUCACUUUUCGACAGUUCUGAGUUCUUACCAACUUAAGGCUCGUUUAAGAAUCCGUGAAUCGGAAUGUAUUUUGUCACGAAGCUCGUUAUGUGAUUAUGAUUGAAUCGGGAUGUUAGAUCGGUUAAGAUUUGGGUGUUGUGUAGUAGGUAUUUUGGUAACUUUUGCUGGAUUUUCAUAGGUUUGAUUACUGGUCAAAUAUUAAAAAUACCAUUUGGAAUGCACAACUUCUUGAACUAAAUAUAAAUCCUUUUGGAUC